CCAGAGGGAAUCUGGAAAAGUUACAAUCAAAACAUCAUUUCUCUAAGAAAAAUUUGGGUAACAGAAGUUCUGGAUAGCAGGGCUGACCCAUUCCGGCACCAUGAGCUGGAGCUUCCUCACGCGCCUGCUGGAGGAGAUUCACAACCACUCCACAUUUGUGGGGAAGAUCUGGCUCACAGUGCUGAUCGUCUUCCGGAUCGUCCUCACGGCCGUAGGGGGGGAGUCCAUCUACUACGACGAGCAGAGCAAAUUUGUGUGCAACACAGAGCAGCCGGGCUGCGAGAAUGUCUGCUACGAUGCCUUCGCUCCCCUCUCCCAUGUGCGCUUCUGGGUGUUCCAGAUCAUCCUGGUGGCCACCCCCUCCGUGAUGUACCUGGGUUACGCCAUCCACAAGAUUGCCAAAAUGGAGCAUGGUGAGGCAGACAAGAAGGCAGCACGCAGCAAGCCUUAUGCCAUGCGUUGGAAACAGCACCGUGCUCUGGAGGAAACCGAGGAGGACCACGAAGAGGACCCCAUGAUGUAUCCAGAAAUGGAGUUGGAGAGCGAAAAGGAGCCCAAAGAGCAGAGCCAGCCUAAGCCCAAGCAUGACGGCCGGCGGCGCAUCCGGGAGGAUGGGCUCAUGAAGAUCUACGUGCUGCAGCUGCUGGCCAGGACUGUGUUUGAGGUGGGCUUCCUGGUGGGACAGUACUUUCUGUAUGGCUUUCAAGUCCACCCGUUCUACGUGUGCAGCCGACUUCCGUGCCCGCACAAGAUCGACUGCUUCAUUUCCAGACCCACAGAGAAGACCAUCUUCCUGCUGAUUAUGUAUGGCGUCACAGGCCUUUGCCUUCUGCUCAAUGUCUGGGAGAUGCUCCACUUGGGGUUUGGGACUAUUCGGGACUCACUAAACACUAAGAGAAGGGAACUUGAGGAUCCGGGUGCUUACAGUUACCCCUUCACUUGGAAUACACCAUCUGCUCCCCCUGGCUAUAACAUUGCUGUCAAACCAGAUCAAAUCCAGUACACGGAAUUGUCCAAUGCGAAAAUCGCCUACAAGCAAAACAAGGCCAACAGCGCCCAGGAGCAGCAGUACGGCAGCCAUGAAGAGAGCCUCCCUGCCGACCUCGAGACGUUGCAGCGCGAGAUCAGGAUGGCUCAGGAGCGCCUGGAUCUCGUGAUUCAGGCCUACAGUCACCAAAACAACCCCCAGGGUCCCCGGGAAAAGAAGGCCAAGGUGGGGUCCAAGGCCGGGUCCAACAAGAGCAGUGCUAGCAGCAAGUCAGGGGACGGGAAGACCUCCGUCUGGAUCUGAUCUUGGCGGGCGUAAAACUUUCGCUCUUCAUAGUUUAUGGUAAGCAGCAGCUCACUGAAUAAUGACUUCCAUUGAGUAAACAUUUGGCUCUAGUUAUCUUCAGGGAUGCUGUGGGCUGAGGAGCCAAGCUCAGGGGACGCUGAGGGUGGGGCUGGGCUGAGGAGCCGGGGACACACAGUGUUCCUGGGCACGUGUUCUCAGCAGUAAUAUGGUCGCAGAACUUUCCUUUUGAGUCUUCCAGAUCUGGAGAAGAACAAAUAUAUUUAAAUCAUUCUUGUUGAACAGUUUUUGUAUGUACAGUAUUAUGGUACUUUUUUAGUAUGAGAACUUUUUUUGCAUUUGUACAUUGAACUGCUGUAGUUAUACUUUUAUAUUAAAGGAAAAACUUCCUCAUAA